AUGCUAUAUGCCGUGUGCGAGCACGUCGCACUUCAGCCAAAGGAGACCGGUCUUCAGUCAUGUCACGGUUUUCACUAUCCCAGGAGGUGGACUAUGUGGCUCAAAAAGUCUGGGGAUAUUUCCUUGAAGGAGAGUAUGCAGUUGAAAGGAGGUUCAUCAACCGUGCAAUCUUUUCGGUUGACGGAAGAGGAGAAACCGUAGACACAGCGCGCGCACUGGAACUUCUUGGGAGUCUCAGGGAACGUUUAUCUAAUGAUGAGAAUAAAUCUCUCAAGAACGCAGUGGAUAAACUUAUCACAGCAAUCGAAAAUCCGCUCUUCUCAUCUUUGAUGGAUGUUCACGAGUACUAUUUGACGAUGCUGGGAGCGGACGUUGACUCGGCUUCGUCUAGGCCCUCCAGCUCUAAAACCAACAACCAAUCGAGCGUGGGCUCUCGAAUGAAUGGCUCAGUGCUGUCCCCAAAGCAACCAUCGUCAAACGUGCCUCAAAGUUCCGCUGGCUCAACAGUGAAGCAAAAUCCGGACUGGGAAUAUCUUGAGGUUGUACUAAAGCGUGAAACAUUGUCUCCUGGGGGGUUUGGAUUCAGCAUUGCUGGCGGGAUCGAUUUUCCAGUGGCAGAAGCCGAUGCAGGCAUUUACGUGACGCGAAUUGCUCCAAACGGCUGUGCAGACGUCGAUGGACGCCUACGGGUUGAUGAUCAGAUUUUGGCUGUGAACGGGAUCAGCCUUGAACAUGUUACAAAUAUGGAGGCCGUACAGACGAUGAAGCGUGCCGGGGACUCCUUACACCUAAUUUUGGCUGUGAACGGGAUCAGCCUUGAACAUGUUACAAAUAUGGAGGCCGUACAGACGAUGAAGCGUGCCGGGGACUCCUUACACCUAGUGGUGCGACGUUACCAUGGUGGCAAGGCUGCCUCAGCUAGUGUGAACUCUUCAAGUACCCCUCGUUCGACGUCAGUACGCUCUCCGGAACUCCUGUCAGAAUUAGAUGAGAGUGGAGAUACUCCAGUUUGGUUUGAGGUUCAGUUAAGAAAACCAACCCCUGAUACUAGCCUCGGGAUGAGCAUAGCGGGUGGACGAGAAGCGGAGGAUGAUCCGAAUGCAUUGCCGGUCCCCGGAAUAUUUGUUACUCGCGUCACUCCAAACGGUUUGGCGCAACGAGACGGCCGCAUUAUGCCUGGAGAUCAGCUGAUGCAGGUCAACGGGGUCGAUGUCAGUCAAAUGAGUCAUGCGGAUGCUGUGCAGGUGUUACGUACAGCUGGACUGGUCCUCAACCUGGUCUUCACAAGGUUUCCGCAACCGGGCGAGUCGGAGCUGGCCGCUCCGUCUAUCGAUUCGGCCGAUUCGCGUCGUCGUCGGUAGCACUAACUCCCCUUUUGUGGCUUUAACUUGGAAAACCAGCCACAAUUUACAACUGUUUUGUACACUUCUCAGAUGACUUGUCACUUGCACCGUAGGCUCGAGUCUGUAGUGCGCUUAUUUAGUACGCUUAAUCGAGACAGCUACUUUCAAUGAUGCUUAGCGAUGUUUGAUACUGGAAUUCAUUCGACGCAGAGAAAUGCAAGGUUUUCGAAUGCUCUUAUCAUUCCAUUUUUUUCAGCUUGAUUCGUCUAAUAUUUUGAACACUUUCUUAUAAAAC